UGUCAAUGCUAUUCUUCCAUGCCACUAUAGCCCAUCGUCUUUCUGUUUUUUCUCCAUCCAAAUCCCCCCUCCACAAUGAGCGAGUUCAACGAAACAGUUGUCCAUGAUGUGAUCAUUAUCGGAUCCGGGCCGUGUGGCCUGGCCGUGGCCUCCCGCCUCUGCGAGCCCUCCCCUUCGGCUCUCUUCACAGACGACGAGCAUCAACGAUACCACUGGAUCAAGAAAUAUGGCCGCCGCAUGACUCUGAAGAAUAGGAAGAAUGGUCGUAUCUUGGAGAAACGUAACCCGUGCGAGGCACGACGGUACUCGACCCUCGUCCUUGACGCUACCGGCAAUCAGUGGAUGAACCGCUGGAAGACCCUCUUUACCGCCUUUGACAUUCAACACCUUCGAAGUCCCAUGUUCUGGCAUGUCGACCCCAGUGACAGAGACGCUCUGCUGGCCAUGGCCCACAACGAGGGGGUGGAAGGUGAGCUUUUCGAGCUCAAGAAUUGCGUCGGGAAGGAAGUCAGCAAGCAUCUCAGGAGAGCCCGCGCCAAAGGCCGUAAUCCACGACAUCACGCGAUCGUCGACAUCGACGAACGGGACCGAAAGGACUAUUUCACUCCGCCAACGUCCCUGUUCUUAGACCACUGCAAGAGCAUCGCUGACCGAUACCAUUUAUGUGGUGACGAUAUUGUCCGGCACGAGGCGGUGCAAGAUAUCGACUACCGCGUGGUUGAGGAAGUUCCAUCAGAUGACGAGCUGUUCGUUGUGCGGACAGACAAGGGUCAUACUCAUUACGCCCGCGUCGUAGUCCUCGCCGCCGGACCUGGAAACAAGCCUCGCAUCCCAUGCAUCCCUGGACUCGUCGAUGGUCAAGGGCUUGUUCCGCCUCAGGUAUGCCACAGCAUGCAAAUCCGCGAGUUUCCGGGUUCCGUGGUCCAAGACCGGAUCGUCGCCCGCAAGACGACCAACAUCCUCAUGAUCGGCGGCGGGCUCACCUCGGCCCAGCUCUCGGACUUGGCCAUUCGGCGCGGCGUCACCAAGGUGUGGCACCUGAUGAGGGGGCCUUGCAAGGUCAAGCUCUUUGAUGUCGAUCUCUCGUGGAUGGGUAAAUUCCGCAACGUCGAGCAGGCCUACUUCUGGGGCGCCGACUCGGACGCCGAACGCCUCCAGCAUAUCCUGAGGGCUCGGAACGGCGGCAGCAUGACGCCUAUGUAUCACAAAAAGUUGAAGAAGCACGUGGAAACGGGCCGCUUGGAGCUCCGCGAGCACACUUGCGUCUCCAGUGCGUCGUUCGACACCGAAAAAGGGGUCUGGCACGUCCAGACCGAACCUCCCAUCCCGGAGAUGCCGGCGUUCGACUUUGUCUACUUUGCAACGGGGAUCCAGUCCGACUUCUUCACUCUGCCUUAUCUGAAGACUCUGCUGGCCCGCCAUCCCAUCGACGGCCACGGAGGUCUCCCUUGCAUUACCGAGGACCUGAUGUGGGAUAAGGACUUGCCCUUCUUCGUGACGGGCCGCUUCGCUGGGUUGCAGCUCGGGCCGGCGGCGGGGAACCUUGGGGGGGCGAGGGUAGGGGCGGAACGUAUCGCAUGGGCCAUUGAGGACCUCCUGCCAGGGCGGACUCCAGGGGAUGAGGGGGGUGAGGACACGGACGAGGAGCUGCAUUACGUGACGGGCCGGGGAAAUAGAUUCCGUAGUUUGUCAGUUGCCGGGGAGGAUGGAUGAUGCUAGAAGUACCAUUAAGUAGAGGGAAAAAGAAAAAGAAAGAAAAAAAGAACGAAAGAGAGAGAGAGCAUUUUAUAGUUCAUAUAGUCGGCUUAGUUUCCUACCGCAGAAUCUACUCUCUGGCCCACACUUACACCAUCACAUCUCCCCUUUCCUCUAGACCAUCCAAGAUCUUGCCAAACACAUCCAGCCCCUCCAACCCAAGCGCAGUCCCAACACCGACCGCAAACGCCCCGACCCGCCUCAUCCUCCUAUACCCGUCCGCGUCCGCCACCCCGCCAAUACCGAUAAUCUUGACAUGCCGCAGCUCGGGGGACGAAGCCAACAUCUUGCUCAGCACCCUCACGUUCCCAAGAGCCAAGGGAUGGAGAGAAGGACCUGCCAUACCGCCGAUGCCGUCGCAGCACGCAGGGAGGGCCUCCUUCC